CGGUCAGUCCAGUCUCGCACGUGCCUUCGCUCCGAACGCACUGGCUGUUCUCAUGCCUUUUGGCUGUGGAAAAGAUUAUUUACUACAUUUUUUUAAGUGAAAGAGUGUACUUAUAAGUGUACUAGUGAAGAAGAAUAUUGUAAAUUAGAGAGAAAACGCAACUUACGUGAUUGUGAUACAGUACAGCCUCACAUUCCGAAUAGAAAACGUGUGGAAGGUCUGUCGCACAGACUAAGCUAAUUGUGAUCGCUCGUUGAGGCGAGCGUACAACAUACGCUGCGUAGCGGAAAUAUGUGUUGAAACGGGUCUAUAAAAGACUUGACGAUAUUGGAGUGUAUUAGGCAGUUUUAUUAGAUAUUCCACGAUGCGUUUUUCAAGAUAUAUCCCGUUUUGGGGUCGCAGAGACCGCAGCGACUCCCUGAGGUCGGACUACUCAGACGAUGAGUACCAGCACAUGCUCUGUCUGAAGCCGGACCGGAAGGCGAGCGUCGUGUCGGUCGAGGCGGCCUACUCUAGAAUGACCCUCGGGCUGUCGUCCGACGGAUCCAUGUUCUCGAGGCUCUCCAGCGACAGCCUGGACGCGCGGACGACCAUCCCGCCGCUCUUCAUCGCAAUCCAGAAUGGCGAACUGGGUACUCUCUCGCGGAUUUUAGUGGAUUCCCCGGAGCUCCUGAACACCCUGAGGUAUGGCGGCUUCACAGCUCUCCACACAGCGUGCCACGUGCGUCAUCACAGGGUACUUCGGCUGUUGCUGGACCAUGGCGCCAAGCUGGGCGCGAUGGACACCCUUGGCCACACGCCCCUGCACUUGGCCGUCCACGAGGGCUGGCACGAGGGCGUCGCGGAACUCCUGCGGCGUGGAGCCUCCCCCAACGUCCUCAGCGAACCCCCGCAGUCCGUGAAGGAGGUGCGCGUCGAGGCGCCCCUGCACGCUGCCAUCCGCCACGGGGACCUCGCCGCCAGCACCCUCAUGAUGCAGUACCACACAGAUCUGUCGGUUCGCGAUGGCGACCGGAACACCGUGUUUCACUUGGCCGCCUACGCCCGCAGCACAGACAUCGUCCGCAUGCUGAUGCGCGGGAAGCUGUCCGACGACACGAUGACCGCAGGCAACCGCGAGGGCAACACCGUGCUGCACAUGGCGCUGAAGUGCGAGUGCGACGCCGCCGAGGAGCCUUCGCUCACGGAGCUGGUCGCGCUCCUGAUCGAGAAUGGCGCCGACGUCAACACCAUCAACACGAAAGGCGAGUCGCCGCUGUUCCUGGCGUCGCGGCUGCAUUGUCCCAAAGUGGUGGAACUCCUGCUGUCUUCGGGGGCCGACCCGACGGUGGUAACUCGUCGUGGACAGUCGGUGCUGCACGCUGCGUGUCACAGCGGCUGCGCGUCCAGUCUGAGUCAGCUCCUCGGCACGAAGAGGGUGGAGCACUUGGUCACGCAGGCUGACAACGAAAGCAAGGAGCCGUUCCACUACGCGGUUCACAGGAGCUCCAUCGACUGCUGCGAGCUCCUCCUGAACAAUGGCGACCACCUGACCCGCAAGGACGCAGAGGGCGAGUCUCGCUGCUCCCUCGUGCUGGAGCACCUCCCCAGCGCCACGCAGCUCUUCCGGCGCCUGUUCGACGCGCGGGUCAAGCUCUCCAACAAGCCGCAGUACGACCCCGACUUCCGCGUCACCUUCGACUACUCCGUGCUGCUCUCGCCCGACAUGGAGGACGUGCAGAGUUCGCUCAUGUCCGAGCUCUCCACCACGAGGAUCGAGUCGCUCCUCAAGCACCCGCUGCUCGAGAGCUUCCUCUUCAUCAAGUGGCGGAAGAUCAAGCCGUUCUUCUACUGCAGCGUGCUGGUCUACUUCACGUUCCUCAUUCUGCACACGAGCUUCCUCAUCUCGAAAUUCGGGAGCAACAGAACCGGCAUGAACGACAUGACGCUAAUCAGGUGCCUCCACAUUGUCAUGUUCCUUCUCAUCCUUAUCCCUGACCUCAUCAUCAUGUUGGCGAACCUGAAGAAGUAUCUGCGGCAGUGGGAGACUUUUUCCAAAAUGGUCGCCCUGGGCAGUUCCGCCUUCGUGGUGUUUUCCUUCAGUCCGUCCAUUCUGGGUGAGCCGAAGGGCGCCAUGCAGGGCAAUGAAACAGACGCGAACGUCUCAAGUGAAGGAACGCCGGACGACAGCACUCCCUUUCACUCCGACGUGCCGAUCGUGCGCCAUGUGGCGGCGGUGUCGGCGUUCUUCGGCUGGGUGGAGUUCAUGAUGCUGCUGGGCCGCUUCCCGUCCCUCGGCGCCUACGUCCUCAUGUUCACUCGCGUCGCCAAGUCCAUCACCAAGUUCAUCCUGGCCUUCUCCAGCCUCCUCAUCGGCUUCUCCAUCAGCUUCAUGAUCAUCUUCAAGAACGACCCGAUCUUCCGCAACUUCCCGCUGAGCCUGGUCAAGACGCUCAUGAUGAUGAUCGGCGAGAUCGAGUACGGGGACCUGUACGGCGCCUCGGAGAUGCCCAUCACCAGCUCCCUGUUCCUGGUGCUGUUCCUCUUCCUGGUGUGCAUCCUGAUGGCCAACCUGCUCAUCGGUCUGGCCGUCAACGACAUCCCGGACCUGCAGCGGCAAGGCAAGAUCAAGCGCCUGGCCAAGCAGGCGUCGUACCUCGUGUCGUACGAGAAGCUGAUGUGGGUGGCCAGGAGCCUGCGCUGCUUCCCCCGCCGGAUGCGCAUCCUGCUGACGAGUCGCGUGAGGAUCAUGCCCGUGGUGACCGUGUUCCCCAGCCGGGAGAACAAGUCCCGCAGGCAGCAGCAGCACAUCCCGUCCGAGACCGUGCAGGAGGCCAUCCUGCUCGGCACCUGCGAGGACCCGAAGGUGGAGGACCUGCACAUCGAGGGAGAGGACUUCUCGAGGCAGUUCAAGUCCUUCAAGAUCAAGUACGACCGCGACUGGCGCGCGCUCAACCGCCGCCUGGGGCAGCUGGCGGACUGCUCGACCACCGACAAGAUCCUGAGGGAACGCCUCGACCAGAUGCAGAAGAUGAUGGAGACGCAGAUGCUGCAGAUGUCGAUUCAGCUUCAGCAACACAACAAGAAUCUGAUCUAUCAGUCUAUGAUGCACCAGCCAGUCUUCCAGCAGAUCCAGCCGCAGAAUCAGCCCCAGUACCAACAAGCGAUGCAAAACCAAACCGCCGCCCAAAACGAGGUGUCUAAAUCUCAGUCCGUGCAGGACCUGAGCCAGUACAACAGGCCGGUGAACGCUCAACGCCGAGCCUCGCAGCAGCAUCACCCCGCCGCGGCUGCAGGCGCGAGGGAGGUCAGCAUGGUGAUCUCCACGCUCUCCACGCUGCCUCCGUCCGUGCAGCUAAUCUCUGUCCCACACACCUACUACACGCAAGCAGGACAACCACAGCCGUCCCACACGCAAACACUUCACCAGCAACCUUCCAACAUCCCUUCAUUCCCGCCGCCGACAUCCCAAGCGCCUUUCCAAGCACAAAGGUCCCUGCCGGAGUCCUCCCAGGCCGCGCCCAUGCACAGACAGACCUCGGAGCCGCCCCACGCGCGCCCCUUCCAGACGCAGCCUUCCCGAACCGAGCUGGUCUCGCCGUCGGAGCGCAGUCAGGACAUUCCGUCGACUGAUCCUCAGUAGUUUUCUUAAUGAAAUGAUAUCAGUAAUGAUGCUUGUGUCUAAAUAUUUCUUCAAGCAGCUCAGCGAUACUUACAUUCCUGUAUAUCCUUAACUUCUGCUUUUAUGAGCAAUUUACUUUGUUGUGUUACAAUAUAUGAUAUAUUAUAUAUAUAUUUAAAUGUACAAAUAUUCAUUUUCAUUUGAAAAUGUAACUUAUUUAUGUAAUCCCAGCUUUUUUAUACUCAAUAUAUUUAUGAUUCGUA